CUGCCGUCCCGUGGAAUGGAUGACGUCCUGGAGCAGGACCAGCAUGAAGAGCGCCUCAAGGAAGUUUUCGACAGCUUCGAUGCCAGCGGUUGCGGCUCCCUGUGCCCUGAGGAGCUGGCCGACCUCUGCGUGUCGCUGCACCUGGAAGAUGCUGCCCCAGCCCUGCUAGAUGUGCUGCUGCAGGGUCGGGACCGCCUCACAGACAGGAUUGACUUUGACCAAUUCAAGGAUGCGCUGAUUCUGGCAUUGUCAUCUGGCUUUGAGGCAUCCCAAGCACAACAGGAAGUCUCGUCCAGACCAGAGUCUCCUGACAUCAAGCCAAAGUUUGUAAAGGGCAGCAAGCGUUACGGCCGCCGCUCCAAACCGGAAUUGGUCAACACCAUUCCAGAGUUUAUUCAAGGUCCCCACAACCAAGACGAAGACAUCACACGCAGUGAGGACACUCAGGACAACUGUGACGCCACUAUUCCAAGGAAGCGUGAGCGCUGGAAUGCAGAUGAAACCAGUACAGAGGAGUAUGAAGCAGAAGGCCAGCUGCAUCUAUGGAACCCCGACGAGCCGAGCACACCUCAAGGUUGUGCCGCAGCUACCCUGAAGGAGAAGCUCCAGCAAGCCUGUGACGAGUUGGCCAUAUCCUGGUACGGAUGCGCCGGCCACUCGCAAAUGCUUGCCCUGUGCGACUAUCUGGGCUUGGAGAUAAGUGCAGAUGUACUCCAUGGUUUGAAUGGUGACGGGUGGAUCAAUGUUCAAGAGUUUGUCUCCAUGGUUCUUAAGUAUAACAAGCCUGCCACCCCGUCUGCCUCCACUCCUUACAGACAGCUGAAAAGACAGCACUCCACUCAGCCUUUUGAUGAGGCGGGCCGCCGGAUUGCCGCCUCCUCCGCUCUGAUGAGCAGCAUCGGCAUGCGCUUGUUCUCCACCCUGGAUGACGGCACCGGCUUCACGCCGGUCGAGUCCAUCAUAGAUUCCUGGAUGGAGGAAGGCAUAGAAAACGGCAGUGAGAUCCUGAAGGCAUUAAAUUUCAGCCUCGAAGGCAAGCUGAGUUUGUCCGAUCUAAGUACUGCGCUAGAAAGUGAACUCCUGGCCACCAAGAAUGGCAUCCACCGGGUGGCGCUGGCCAGUUUCAAAGCGGAAAUCCGACAUCUACUGGAACGAAUCGAUGGCGAGUUGAGGGAGAAGGAGAAAAUCCGAUCAGACCUGGAAAGGGUAGAAAGGCUUAAAUCCCAACUGGCUACCGAGGUGGACGAGCAUCACUCGUCAAUCGAGAAGGCAAAUCAUCUUAACCUCAGGAAGCUGGAAGAGGAGCACCGGGAGAAGCUAGCGGCAGUGCGCUUGGAGCUAAUGAAGGAAAUGGACCUGAUCCGCCAACAGGCAGCCCAACAACGUGAGGAGCUGGAAGCCGAGGUGGACAAGAUCAAGGAGGAGGAGUCCUUUCUCAGGGAACACCUGUCCAUUUCAAUCAAGGAAAACCGACGUCUGGAGAUGGACUUAAUGGACUGCGGUGAAAGACUGAUGGAGGCCCAAAACCAAGUGACAAAACUGCGUGGCAGUUUGGACAAUGUCUUGAAAGAGAAAUUUGGCGACCUGGACCCUGGCAGUGCUGACUUCUUAAUGCAGGAGGAGCGCAUUAAGCAGCUGCGACUGGGCUACGAAGCACAAUGCAGGAAACUGCAAGACCGCGUGGAUGAGCUGCUGUCUGAGCUGCAGGACUUUCACAGCAUGGAUCGACCUCAGCAGUCCUGCUCCCAGCCUCUCUCGGAGGAGCUGGAGGGCAAAAGCCCAGGCGUGGAGUCUGACCCCGGCCUCGGCUCAGAGGAAGUCAAUCCUUUAAGCAGUAUGAGCCUAGAGGCUGAGAUGAUGCUGGAACAGCUGAAGGAGCAGCAUUUGCACCAAUUGGAUGACUUGAGGAAAGAGCUGGAGUGCAAAACCGACGAAUUCAACACUGUGGUUGAGCAAAAAGAGGACCAAAAGACUGCACUGGACCGCCAGCACCAGCAGGAGGUCGAGGCCAUAAGGGAGGAGCUGGCAAGCGCUCGCUCACGUGAGACGGAGCUCCAAAGCCAGCUUGAGCGGGCCUCGCAAGAGCAGACCCGCCUGGAGAAGGAGACACAGGAUGAGGUGAGGACCCUGAGGCAGCAGCUCCUUGAGGAACAAAGCAUUUCUGCGGAACUGGGGGAGCAGCUCAGAAACCUGCAAGAGCAAAAGCCGGACUUUCUCGCCGUCAUGGAGGAGCUACAAAACCAACACGCCAGUGACAUAGAGAUUCUGGAGAAGAAAAACAUGCAGCUCUUGGAAGUCAGGCUGCAGGAACAGAAGAAGAAACACCUGGAAGAGAGGGAGGAUUUGGAAAAGAGGUGGUUGGAAUGUUUUGAAAAGGAAAAGGAAUUGAUGAAGCAGACUCAUGAUGAAGAGCUGUUGGCCAGACUUGAAAAGGCAAUGUCUUGCUUGAAGAAUGAGCAUGACCGAACUGUAAAAAGGCUUACUGCGGAGUGGCAAGAGCAGAGAGUUCUGCUAGAAGAGCAAAACAAUGAGUCCCUGCAGGCUGUGCUGGAGGACGCCAUGCUGAGGCUGGGCAAGGAGCAGGAGCGGAAGGAGAGCCAGCUCCAGGAGCAGCACGAUGGCGAGCGUCGCAGUCUUCAGGAGCAGCACGAGCAUCGGGAGACCCAGCUCAAGCAGGCAUGGGAGCGGGAAAGGCUGCAGCUGGAAAAGGACUACAAAGGCAUGCUCCAGCAGAGGCUGCAUGAGGAACGAGAGAAGCACCAGACUGUGAAGGAGGAGCUGCAGAAGAGGCUGAACAUGCAGGAAGAUUGCCACCGCAAGACCCUGCAGGAGAUGACUAUUAAACACGCUGAAGAGAGGAACACAAUCAGUGGCAAGCUGGAGAAACUACAAGACAACCUUGUUCAGGAGAGGGAGCAGACAGAAGUGUGCUUCUUCAAGAAAAUCAAGCAAGUUGAAGAUCGUUUCUCAGCUGACCAAGAAUUAGCGGCCGCACGCUUUCAAACUGACAUCUUGAAACUGGAACAUCACUACCAGAGAGAGCUGGAGGACCUCUCAAAGAACCACGCUGAGGAGAAACUCUGCUGGGAGUUACAGUUACAGAAAGCGAUGGAGAGUGUUGACGUUUCUCAGAUCAAUGGAGAAGUAGCAGCAGAGAGACAUAAUCAGGAGUGGGCAAAAGAACGAAUUGAAUUGGAGAAGAUUCAUGGAGAAGUCAUGCAAGCAGUGGUGAAAAAGAAUCAGGAGUUGCAACACCAAGUGAAGACCAAGGAAAUCGAGCUAAAUCGCCAGUUUAACGAUCUGCACAACCGACUCCAGGAGAGUCUGCAGGCCAAUGAGGACCUUCUUAAUCAGUCUGAAAAGAAAGCCAAGGAGGCUGAACACCUGCUCAACCAAGCGGUAGAAGAUUUCCAACAGGAGAGGGAGGAAUUCCAGGGCAACCACUUGCAGCUUGAGGCGCAAUAUGAAGAGAUUCUUUCAAUAUCCCAAAGGCAGGAAGCAGAGCGGAUUGCGCUGCUCACAGAGCGUGACGAUUUGAAGCUGAGGAUUGAUGGCAUGGAGAAGCUUCUCAAACAGGCCGUAGAUGACUUUGAGCUGGACAGGAAGGAGCUUCAGGGAGAGGUGGCUAUUCUCAAGGAAAAAUUGAAAGAAAGCCAAAACCAUGAUCUGUUUUUGGCUGCAUUUAAGAACAAGGAAACUAUUUCAAAGCCAAUACCAGAUGAGUCCUACAAUGGAGAAGGUCUUGAUAUGCAAAUAGACCCAAUGGUUAGGCCUGAAGAAGUGUCACAACUGAAGAUGGAUGCAAGUGAGGACCAAGUCAAUAUCUUAAGUACUUUUAACACCUGUCUUCUAGGUAAGGGAUGCAGUGAUCAGGAAACUUCAAACUUUAACGAACCUGACAACAAUCCUAAAGCUUUCAUGUGUCAUGGAGAAGACCCAUUGAUGCCCACUGACCUUGAGUUCACUUCAACUGGUGGAAAUGUAAAGGACUUCUUGCUUAGCCAAUCUCAAGAUAAAGAGGCAUCUGGGGCUCUGGAAUACAACAAUGAAGAAAGUCAACCUCAAACUACACUUACCUCUACUUCAGAAUGCUCCUCCCACAAGGAUGAGUUGUUUAAGCAGAUGGUUGUUAAUUCCUUGGACCUCGUGGAUCCUUGUGAACUUUCUCUUGAGAAUCCCAAAGAUGACCCUGGUCCAAAAUCUGUCUGGUAUGAUUCGAACGGGGAAUUUACCAUCGAUAAUGGAGAACCCCUUGAUCAAGACAUUGAUUGUGAACUCGAGGAUUUGCCCAUCUUUGAACAGCAGUCUUUGUACUAUCAAACCAGAGAGGAGAUUGUCCUAAUGCGUGAGAAGAUCAUGUUACUCCAGCAGAAGACUGACCUCCUACAGAGUCUUUUGGAGCACAAUUGCAAGAAAAUGCAAAAAGGCCGCGAGUAUCUUGAGGAAAACUACAGCCUCAAAGUCAAAAUGGUCUUGCUAAUAGAACAUAUCAAAGUGCUGGAAAUUGAUGCCUUUAGGCUGAAAGCGCUUCAGGUUCGUUACGAAGAGUGCGAGUGUGAAAACGCCACGCUGAAGCAGAAAAACGCUGAGCUCAAAAUGAGGGUUUUCAGACUGCAAAGCAGAAUUUAUCUCACAGAUGACAUCAGCAGAAUUCAACAGGAGAACUGUAAACUCUUAGAUUUGUUUGAAGCACAAGGGGACAUUCUGGUCCCUGGUUUCCUCCGGAGCCAAAUUGCUGAGGUUUCUUGCAUCCAAGACUGUUGCGGUGAGUUUAAGGCAGAUGCCACGGGACUUUCCAAAGCCAUCUCAGAGCUGCAAAACAAGAAUCCAACCACACAGGGCAAUAGGCAGAACCUGGAGCAGCUCAACCAAGAGAAGAUUGCCGCCGAACACACAGCAGAGAAUUUGAACAAACAGGUGGCCGAUCUUCAUUCGCAAUGUCAGCAACUCCAGAGUGAAAAGGGAACGCUGGCUGACAAGAUUGUCCGUAGCCAGACUGUCGUGGACGAGCUCAAGCAGCAGCUAACUGAACUGAUCAAAGACAACGAAAGCCGGGAGGUGCUUGCCGAGGAAAAGAAAAAGGUUGAUGCUUGUAUGAACGCUCUGGAGGCCGAGUUGACCAAAGCUCUGACAGAAACAGCCAGGCUGGAGGACCAGAACGCCCAUUUGGCCGAGAAGGUGUCUGGCCUCGAGGAGAAGCUGAUAGAGGCAGAUUCGGUGGAGAAUCAUCUCGGCCACUUAACGGAUGAGCGAAAGGAUGCAGCCAAAGAGAACAGAGGACUCCGCAAGCAGCUAGCUAAAUCCCAAGAGACGCUGAAGAACAUGGAGGGCGCCCUUCAGACCGCGAGCCUUCAGAGAGCUUGCCUAAGGUCUGAUCUUCGCAGCAUGCAGCAGGAGAAAGAUUCCUUGCAACAGCAGCUUGCAACGCUACACAAGCAGCUGCUGAACGCCUCUGAUAGGAACCGCUUUUUGGAGCUGGCCUUGCACAACUGUGCUAUCCAGAGUCCUAGCAAGAAGCUCCACAGAGACACACUGCAACCAAAGGAACAAGAUGACAAGGUUUCAAAUUCGAGCUUGACCUUUGACUUUUGGGCUAGCAAGUUGUUACUGAAGCAGCAGCACAAAAACAGCCAGGUGACAAUGCUCAAAACCUUGGAGCAGGAAAACGCCAUCCUCAAAGAGAAAUUGGAAGAACAUAAGCAGCUCAUGAAGUCAUUCCACACUUACUUCAUGGAACUCCUGCCCGCAUCGCCCUGCAGGUUGGCGAGGGGACAUUGUUCUGAUGCCGACAGCGCGCAGGACAAGCAGGGACCCCGGAUGGAGCAAAUGGAGGCACGAUUGAUAGAAAUCGAGACAUCGCUGCGUAAUGUCAAGUUGCUCCUCAGAGAGAAGGUGGCCCAGCUCAAAGAGCAGGUGCACAAGAACAGCAAAGCGGACGCGCUCAUCCGAGACUUGUACAUUGACAACGGUCAGCUGCUGAAGGCUCUGGAGGCGGUUGAGCGCCAAAGCAGAUCGGCAGAGAAAGCACGGCAGCCGGUCGCUGCCAGAGCAUGUGGUCCGAGCCCUCCGCCAGCCUACAACUUAAAAUGCGCAUAA